UGCUUCACGGGCGACAAGCCUGAACUGACCACCUCACUCCACCUCACCUCACUCCACCUUACCUCACUCCACCUCACCUCACUCCACCUCACCACCUUCAGUACCACACCGCCAACAUGGUCGCAACAAUGGACACGACGCACUCCCCCGUGCACGUCCUGGACGACUACUACCUCGCCAUCACCCUCCUCCUCACCAUCGCCUACCAACUCAUCGGCUUCUCCAUCGCCUUUUCCCUCAAAUUCGACAAACUCACCGAUCUCAUGGGCGGCUCCAACUUCGUCUGGCUCGCCAUUCUCACCCUCUCCUUCAGCGGCACCCUCGUCGCCCGCAACAUCGUCAUCUCCAUCUUCAUCAUGCUCUGGGGAACUCGACUCUCCGCUUUCCUCCUCUUCCGAAUCCUCAAGACCGGAUCCGACGACCGCUUCGACGAUAAACGGGAUAAAUUCUUCCCGUUCCUGGGGUUCUGGGUGUUUCAGAUGUUGUGGUGUUGGACCGUCUCUUUGCCAGUGACCAUCAUCAACUCGCCGAGAGUGUUGCGAUACCCGCAGCCCAACUUCGGCAAAGCAACGGACAUCAUUUCAAUCAUCAUCUUCGCCAUCGCAUUCGUGAUGGAGGCCGUGAGUGACGUGCAGAAAUACCGCUUCAAGCAAAGUCCCGCCGGAAAACAAAAGGGCGCCGUCUGCGACGUGGGAUUCUUCAAGUGGAGUCGACACCCCAACUACUUCGGCGAAAUCGCCGUUCAAUUCUCAAUCUACCUCAUGGCCAUAACCCCGGCAGCCUACGACUUCAUCCCCAACACCACCGGUCCCGCAGCCGCCCUCUACGCCUCCAUCGUCGGCUUCCUCUUCCUCACCCUGCUCCUGCUCUUCGUCUCCGGCUUGACUCUCCAAGAACGCCCCGGCGCGAAAAAACGCUACGAAAAAGGAGAAGGAUGGCACGCGUAUGCCAAGUACCUCGAGGAGACGAGUAUUCUCAUCCCCAUGCCGAAAGCCGUGUGGAAGAGAUUGCCGGUCAUUGUUAAGAGGACGGUGGGAAUGGAGUGGCCGAUUUAUGUGUUUGAUCCGGAGAAGCAUGCGGAUUUGGAUAAGGUGAGGCAGCAGCAGGAGGAGGAGGGGAGGGCGGAGAGGGAAGGGAGUGGGAAUGGCAAUGGGAAUGAGAGGCAGAGUGAGGAGCCGUUGAGGUGA